GGUGGCCACAUUUCGUCGCUCGUGAAUCGGCAGCAAUGAAGGACGAGCCUCCGACUCCGAGACACAGCGUGCCCCGCCGGUUGUCUCGUCCGCGACGAGCUAGCGUGGACGAUGAAAUAAUUGCGACGCCGACUGCAGUGCGUGCUGCUGCCCGAGCAGCUCUGAAAGAAGAGGAAGUCCGGCCAGCGGCGAUAGAAACACCCCGCCAACCUGCCAAGCUUAUUCCAAGGCCUCCACCCGUGCUGAUGUCGCGAGACUCGAGCGCAUCAGUAGCCAAGACAUUCCUUACUGCUAUAGUGCCGGGGAGGCGACGUUCACGACGACAAAAGGAAGUGCUGCGACCCCCGUCGCCACUAGACUCAGUGCAGCCGCCCUGCGACUAUGUCGAUACUGGUAGCAUGUCCGAGCUACCAGCACCAGCCAACUACAUGGGGAUGCAGGCUAUGCAGCAGUUUUGGGAUAUUUUCCACCGCCAAGAAACAGUCCACAACAACAAGGCUGUGCCUCCCACGGUGCCUUCUGUUGUACCACGUCCCAAGUCUGCGCGCACCAAUUACCUCGCUGCCGUGCGUAACCUUCGAUUGUGUCCGGAACCUCUGGGUAUUGUACGGCGUCGAGUUGUGGACAAAACGGCCUCCUAUGCAAAUGGCAGUACAGUACAAGAAGUGAACCUCAGCAGUUAUCGGAUGGGAAAUGCUUACGCAGAAGCGUUUGGAGAAGGGUUUUCGCUGCUGCCAGGUGUUGAAUCGCUCAAUCUUACGCAUAACCGAAUCGGAGACUUAGUCGCUUCCAGGCUAAUCACAGCGGCCGCCGCAGCCGCAGGUGCCCAGGGCACGGCAGGGUUGCAACAACUCAACUUGUCGCACAAUGCGUUGGCGACGGCUUCUUCGCGAGCGCUCUCUGAGUUAAUGCGCCGUUCGCGUGCACUUACGUCGCUAAAUCUAUCGCAUACAGGACUGCGUGACCGUCAAGUGCAGCAGCUUUGUGAGUCGCUCACUAUGAACCAGACCGUCCAUCGCUUUACGUGGACUCCUACUGCUGGCCAAGGCCCAUUUGCUGGGACUAUCGAUCGAUUUGAGAUAACUCCGUCCAUGGAGGUUCGUUUACACUUAUCCGUUGACGACUGGAGAGGUGUCGCCAUGGAGCGACGAGAGAAUGAUGGAGAUGAAGUGGCCUUUAGUGCGCUGCGUGUCAUUCCUCCUGGUGCUACCUGUUAUUUCUUCACAGCUGUCGACACAGCUGCUGGUCCGAACAGUAGUAACAAUGUGAGCUUUCAUUACGUCACCUCGCGUCCUAGUCGGCCUGUUCAGCGAGGCGUGUUUGGUACUUUGGAGCGUCUGAACGUCAUUCGUCUCAGCGAACGAGGAGGGCGAGAUCCCUGCAACACUCUUGUUCCGCGCAGCUCAGGAAAGAACAACGGAAGACGAGGGAAAUGGGACAUCAACAAGAGUGUGUUUGCACGGCGUAAGCGCGAGUCUGAAUGUCGGAGUUUCGUGGAUACUGACGUAUUUAUCGCGAAAGCCUGUGCUGCAGACUGGAAACAGUGCAAAAUUGAUCGAUUCGUGAAGGAUUCUUCACGGAGACGCGAAGUGGAAGUUAGCGUUACCCGUUGGUAUCGCACAGUUUGCAACGCCUACCGACGUUACUGUGGUCACAACGUGUUGAUGAACUUGGCGCCUUUGGGAUCGCUAACGUCAGCAGCAGCCAUUCAACUGCAGAAUGAUAUAACCUGUAUACCUUGGUCAGGCUACACCGAGUUUCUUUCGGAAGCUAAAAUACUGGAUGAAACAUCAGAGUACUGCUCGUUACCCGACCUGGAGAAUGUGUUUGUGGCUGCAAACCUCGAGCUCACCCAGGAAGCCAAGGAAAAAGACAACCCGGACCGCAGUCUUACGAGGUUUGAGUUCUUGGAAUGUAUUAUCCGAAUCGCCACGAACAAAUACUUUAGAACCAAUGUGUGUGAUACGCCCGCCAAAGCCGUAGACAAGCUGGUGCAGGAAAAUAUACAGCCCGUGACCCCAGAUGACGCAAACGAAUUUCGUUCUCGCUUCCUCUACACAGAAGAGGUCAGCGAUGCGUUUACGGAGCACAUUACUCUGCUACAAGAGUUAUACGAUGCCAACAUGGGCAAAUACUGCAAGCCAGGUGAAAAGAAAGGAAUGCAUCUGGUCGAAUUCCUCCUUCUCUUAGAGAAGUACCAGGUUUUCUCCGACUCGUUCCGUGUGCGUGAUAUAAAGGAUCCGUUCUUGGCGUGCAAAUUGAUGGUGCUGGAUGAAAUGACCACUGUAGGCCACAAGAAGCUUUUCCUCACCGACUUCAUGGAGAUCAUCUUACGCGUCAGUGUCGUACGCUACCCACCUCGGACUCUUACGGUGGAUGAAGUUGUACGCAGCUUACACAAGCUGCUGGUCAACCACUUUUACAAACACGACGCUCUGGUGGGCCAAUUCUGUGAAGCGAUCGACCAGGCUCUCGUCGAAGAUCGUCUUGAGGCCUUUGCAAAUGCUAUCAACUCGCAGCGAAAUCAUUUACAAGCUCCUGCAUACGGAUGA